AUGAAAAAUGAAACAAAAUGGACUGAAUUGCUGAAUAAAACAAGAAAUAUGUUGAUAGUAAUAUUUAUGCAAGUUAUGAGCAUGUUCAGCAUCAAUGGAUCAAGAAGUGGACGCAAUGUUGGGUUUUACACUUUUAGUGGCUUUCAAAUAGUUAAGCAAUUUAAAAGUUUGUUAAACAAAUAUUUUUCUCAGAUGAUUUUAAGCAUCAUUCAACAACAGGAACAAAAACAACGACAAGUGUUUUUUCUGCAUUUUUUUUUUGUGUUGGGGGCGGGGGAGGACAUGAUUACUAUAAUUUGUUCCUUAAAUGUUUCUUCUAGUAUAUCCAUAAUUCAGGCAUUCUAUUUUUUGUACAUUUUCAACCCAUCUUACUGCUGGUCAGACUACUUUGCUAUUCUUCUUCCUUCUUACCCAAUUUUUGUCACUGUAUUUUGCUGA